GCCCGGAGAGCACAGUCUUUAUUUUUGUCCCGCACAACCCGUCUAUUGGUCAGCCCGCGACCUGGGGGAACCUCACGUCCCUCUGCUGUGAUCAGGAGACGACUCCCAGAUAUGACGUCUGCAUUGGGACGUUUCAGACUGCCUGCCCCACCGCUGUUUCUGGGUGCAGGGGCUCUAGGCGCGCUGCUGCUGCUGCGACAUGUGUCCAGCUCGUUGCGGACGGACAAGUUUGGAUCCCCAUCCCCGCAGGACUCUUCCUUGCCGGGGCUCGCGGCACACGAGCUAGACACGCUGCCGUACCCACCAGAUGCUCUACCUGGAGCGCGAGAUGUGGACUCUCCUUAUGGCAGCGUGCGUGUCUACGAGUGGGGACCUGAGGACGGAGACAGGAUAUUGCUGAUCCAUGGCAUAUCGACGCCAAGUGUUGCGUUGACUGAUCUGGCGCACAAACUGGUUGGAAAGGGCUGUCGUGUGAUGCUGUUUGACCUCUUCUGCCGCGGCUACUCCUCCGGCCCAUCCCCCCACACCCACCGCUACGACUCCGCGCUCUACACCUCCCAAAUCCACAUCUGCCUCCUCUCCUCGCCCCUCCACUGGUCCACCUUCACCAUCAUCGGCUACUCCCUAGGCGGCGCCCUGGCCGCAGACUUCACCUCGUACUUCCCGCGCCUGGUGCACGGGCUCGUGCUCGUCGCCCCCGGCGGCUUAAUCCGGCGGAGCCACACGACCUGGAAGAGCCGCGUGCUGUACAGCACCUCUGGCGUGCUGCCGGAGCGCUGGAUCGAGAGCCUUGUGGCGGCGCGGUUGUGGACUGGUCCAGAGGUCGCGAGGAGUAUUGAGCCCGAGGCUGAUGCUGUGGAGAAUGCUGAGACGAAGACGACGAAGACGAAGACGAGCAGGGGCGAUGCUGUGUAUGCUUCCUCGCACCAUGCUCUGCUUCCGGGCAAUCCGUAUAGUACUGUAGGCGCGGUGGUUGACUGGCAGAUCGAGCAGAAUCGGGGAUUUGUACCUGCUUUUAUCUCGUCUAUCCGCUAUGCUCCAGUGCAUGGGGAGCAUGAGAGGUGGAGGGUUCUGGGAAGGAACAUCAGUGGAGGUAUUGGACGCCUUGAGAAGGUACACAUCGUGUUGGGAGAGACAGAUCCCAUCAUUGUGAAGGACGAAGUCAUAGAAGAUGUGACCGAUUGCUUGGGUAAGGCGAAUGUGGAAUUUGAAGUCGUCGAGGGUGCAGGGCACGAAGUGGCAAUUGAGAGAGCGGACGAUAUCAUGCGUGUAGUUGGAAGAGCUCUAACGAGGUGGUGAUUGUUGGAGUAGACUGUAUAGGAAACAUUGUAGAUUAAAGACGUCCCA